UUCCUCAGGAUGUUGUCAAGUUCCUGACUUUUCCAACAGAUAAAGAGAAAAUUUUUCUGCAGCGAGCACAUUUUCAUCUUCAUACUUUCUCUCUCGACGUCCACUAUGAAACUCCUGCAAGCGGUCUUCUUGACCGUUCUCGCUAUCUGCGUCACAGCACAAUUUAAUGCUCCUGGCCGAAGACCACCACCAACGCCGAAAGUUCCAGAGAUGGAUCAAAGAUGUAUGGAUUGUCUCUGUCAGGCCAGCAGCAACUGUGAUGAGAGCCUGAAGUGUCACAAUGCUGGGGGAGGAGCCUACUUCUGUGGCCCUUACGUCAUCUCGUGGGCUUACUGGCAUGAUGGUGGAAGACCUGGUGAUCAUGGAAAACCACAUGAUUUCGAAAACUGUCUGAACAACAAGACCUGUGCCGAGCAAGCUGUCCGGGGCUACAUGCGCAAGUAUGGCCAGGACUGUGACCGCAGCGGUGCCAUUGACUGUUUCGAUUUCGCUCGCAUUCACAAAUUAGGUUAUGGUCAGUGUUCGAGCGACUCUAUCCUCGACACCGAUUACUGGGAGAAAUUUGAAAUUUGCUACGUCGGAUAUCCGGAUGACAACGUCGCCAGCAAUUACGGUAACAACGAUAAAAUCCCCGGACAGUUUGGCAACGAUGAUGAGGGACGUUACGAUUAUGGAGAGGCACAAUUACAGGCACGGAGAGCCACCCAAUAUAACGACUUAAUUCCAGAGGUGGACCAAAGAUGCUGGCAGUCACUGCGAUUUGACACUCAAGUGUCACAACCCUGGGGGAGGAAACUACUACUGUGGCCCUUACGUCAUAUCAUGGGCUUACAGGGCCUUACUUAUCAUGGGCAUGAAGGAGGAAGACCUGGAGAUUAUGGAGGACCACAUGAUUUUGAAACGUGCCUGAACAACAAGACCUGCGCCGAACAAGCUGUCCGGGGCUACAUGAGAGUUUAUGGAAAGGACUGUGACCGUAGUGGUACCAUCGACUGUUACGAUUUCGUUCGCAUUCACAAAUUAGGUGCUGCCGGAUGCAAGAGUGAUUCUAUCCUCAACACCCAAUUCUGGAAGAAUUUCGAAAGUUGCUAUGGUUCAUUUAACAAUAAUAACGUUAUGCAUUCUGAUCAAUAUUGGUAAAAGAUAAUGUCCUUGACCUUAUGGCAACAAUGACAAGAAACUCGGAUACUAUGACUAUGGAAAUGGGCGACUGCUGACACAGAGAGCCAACAAGUAAAAAUGAAAAUUUUCAGAAAAUUGGUAAAUCUUUAUUCCAAUAUCAUGGACUCUUUCAUUAGUAGUUAAUAAACAACCUCAGAUGACAGAAUCCAGACUGAAUUAUUCGUAUGAAUCAUUUCUCUAAUUGUAAAAACAGUUUACCAAUCGAGGUUAUUUCUUGAUGUAAUCUUAAAAUUUUUACUUAAAAUUUUUAAAAUACAACGAUCAAAUAAGUACUUCAUAAUGGUGGAUGCCAGCAAUAUCUGGGCGAAUUUUGUCAAACACAUCGUUGAAAAAUCUUCAUAUUAAAGGCAAUAGUGUAAACAUUCCUUUAUGGUAUCAAUAUAAAUAUUGAAUACAUACAUACAUAAUAAUGCAUUAAUAUAAAUAUAAAUCAAUAUGUAACAUAAAUAUUGAAUAUACGUAGUUCUUGUUAAAUUCGUAAACUUCGCCAAAUGAACGAUGAACUAUUCGUUGUCUUGACUCAUACACCUUCUAUCGAAUGAAAUGAUUCAUUUUCUACUAUCUUCUAACUAUAGUAGAGAAAGAGUCAUCUGAUUAAAUGUGAAUCACAUGGUGUGGUGGCAGCCGAUGUAUUAAGCAAUUCUCUCACUAAAGCUUAAGAAAUCAGAACAGAUGUUAUAGAUUACGCACAACACAAGCCAAUUAAAUACUUUUUAAAAAGAAUCUACUUGCAUUUUAGCUUGGGUCCAUGAUCUGAAACCUCAUGUAAAAUCUCAUUUUAUAACUUUUUCUUCUUUCUUGUUCAAGUGAAAGCUGAACUCGAUAUAGGUUAAGUUGAGAUCCUACACUACGUCAUAGUUUUUGUUAGGUUUUGUUUUCUACAUUCAGAUAAAAAACAAAUUGAAAAAACAGAAAAUUGUUUUAUUGCUUUAUUAAACCACAAGAAAAUCGUUUUCUCUUCGUACAGCAGUUGCCAUUUUCAAAUGUUUUUUUUUUGUCUCAUCUUUAUAGAACUUUUUUUUGUCUUAGCUUUUAUUUGUUUCGUUUGUGAGUAAUGCUUUGUCGAACACGAUGGGUGUCGCAUCGGAUAAGAGGUAAUUAGUUGGGAUUUUUUCUUUUCUUUCGUAAAAGAAAAAGAAAAGAAAAAAAGGAAAUUCUUCUUACUUAUGUAUAUUAU